UUUCUUCAACGAAAACAAUGGAGCAACCAGGGCACAACAACCAUCAAACGGUUGGUUUGAUGGGGUGAAAACGACGUCGCUUCCGACAGUUUCUCUCUCCUUGAAGCAAAGAUCCUCUCUCCCUCCUCCCCGUUUGCUUCAGAUCUCUCUUUCUAUCUCUCUCUUAGGGUUUUCUUCUCCUGUAUAUGUAUUCACCACCUUGUCAUAGGCUCUCUCGUCCUCUUCGGCCUCACCUGCUCUCUUAUUUCUCAGUUCCGAAUCGGUUCGCGCAGCGGGAAUGGUGGUCUCCUCGCCGAUUACGCCUGGGCAGGUGUCUUUUUUGCUGGGAAUCAUCCCUGUUUUUGUUGCAUGGAUAUAUUCCGAGUUUUUAGAAUAUAAGAAGUCUUCAUCUCCCUCUAAAGUUCAUUCAGACAAUAAUCUGGUUGAAUUGGGAAAUGAGACAAUCAAGGAAGAUGAUCGGGCUAUUUUACUGGAAGGAGGUCUUACAAAAUCAGCAUCUGCAAAGUUCAAUAGUUCAUCCAUCAAAGCGAACUUAAUUAGGUUUUUAACAAUGGAUGACUCCUUCUUGCUGGAAAACCGAUUAACUUUGAGAGCAAUGUCUGAGUUUGGGGCAAUUCUGACAUACUUCUACGUAUGUGACCGCACAGAGUUACUGGGUGACUCUACUAAGAACUACAAUCGCGACCUCUUCAUCUUUCUCUACUUGCUUCUUGUCAUAGUUUGUUUUAUGACUUCUCUUAAGAAACAUCAUGACAAGUCAGCAUUCUCUGGAAAGGCCUUACUUUAUCUUAACCGGCAUCAAACUGAGGAGUGGAAAGGAUGGAUGCAGGUUCUAUUUCUAAUGUACCACUACUUUGCUGCUGCGGAGAUAUACAAUGCAAUUCGUGUCUUUAUUGCUGCAUAUGUCUGGAUGACUGGAUUUGGAAACUUCUCCUAUUAUUACAUCAGGAAGGAUUUUAGCCUUGCACGCUUUACACAGAUGAUGUGGCGGCUAAAUUUCUUUGUGGCAUUUUGCUGCAUUGUUCUUAACAAUGACUACAUGCUAUACUAUAUCUGCCCUAUGCACACGCUUUUCACUCUUAUGGUAUAUGGAGCCCUUGGGAUUUUUAACAAGUAUAAUGAGAUAAGGUCUGUGAUGGCUGUGAAGAUCCUUGCAUGCUUUCUUGUGGUUAUCUUGAUCUGGGAAAUUCCUGGAGUUUUUGACAUUUUCUGGAGUCCUUCAGCAUUCUUAUUAGGUUACAGUGAUCCAGAUCCUUCUAAACAAGGUCUCCCUCGACUGCAUGAAUGGCAUUUUAGAUCUGGGCUUGAUCGCUAUAUUUGGAUCAUCGGAAUGAUAUAUGCCUAUUAUCACCCUAAUGUUGAGAAGUGGAUGGAGAAAUUGGAGGAAACUGAAACUAAGCGGAGACUCACGAUCAAAACAGGCAUUGUUACAGUUACCAUAUUUGUUGGUUAUUUGUGGUAUGAAUACAUUUACAAGCUGGACAAAGUUACAUAUAAUAAGUUCCAUCCGUACACAUCAUGGAUUCCAAUAACUGUUUAUAUUAGCUUGCGGAAUUUCACUCAGCAGCUUAGAAGUUACUCUUUAACUCUCUUUGCUUGGCUUGGCAAGAUCACUUUGGAGACUUAUAUUUCUCAAUUCCACAUCUGGUUGAGAUCAAACAAGCCUAAUGGACAGCCUAAGUGGCUUCUUUCUUUUAUUCCAGAUUAUCCGUUGCUCAACUUCAUGCUCACAACUGCCAUCUAUAUCUUAAUAUCCCUCCGCCUUUUUGAACUAACCAAUACACUUAAGACAGUUUUUAUUCCUACAAAAGACAAUCGCCGGCUGCUGCAUAAUUUUCUUGCUGGAAUUGGCAUUUCCGUGUGUUUAUAUUGCAUUGGGUUCAUUCUUCAUCAGAUUCCUCACGCACAAGCUUGAUAAAUCAGGACUGAAAGGACUGGUACAAAGAGAUUUCCUGUUGGAUCUAGAAGAAGGUACAGAUGAAAGUAAAUAAGGGGACUUGGAAGGGCUAGUGUUCCAACAAUUUUUGAGGAGAGUUACCCUCGAUCUGCAUCAGCGCCAAAAAAAAAAAAUUAAAAUUGUUGGGUUUAGCCCUGGAACCGGGCAGAGGGAAUUAGAUCACAGGAAAGAGAAUCUUCUUUUUACUCUCUUUUGUAAUAUUGCAAAUUGCCAUAUAUCUUUGUUUUUUUUAUUCUGUGGGUGGGAUCAAUGUAGGUUUCGGUGGUAUAGUUUUGUUUGGCGAAAAUGAAAUUCAAGAUUCAUUCCUGAGAUGUGUUUUCAAUUUUCAAUUUUCAAUUUUCAAUUCACAGCUUCGGCUCUGUUUA